GGAGACAGAAAACAUGGCGGCCUCCAUGGCGAAUUUUAGAACCCUUCGCGUCCUGUCAAAGAUCUUUCACGGACACUUCACAGCGGCUUCAGCAGUCCAGCAUCACACAGCGUGUCCACGGCUGGUCCACAUCGCGUCCGUCUUCUCACCACCGUCUCCAGCUAUCACGGAGAGCGAGGAGCCGGACACGCUCUACCAGCGGCUCUCAGUGCAGGUCAAAGGUCACGAUAGAGCCGUGCUCGACAGUUACGAGUUCUUCGCCACGCUGGCCGCCAAAGAGCUCGGCCUCAGCCUGGAGAAAGUAUUUGAGCCGCCGAAACACAUCGAUAAGCUGACGCUGCUGAAGUCUAGGCACAUCUUCAAGAAGCACCGCGUGCAGUACGAGAUGAGGACGCAUUACAGGUGCAUCCAGAUCUCCAGGAUAACCGGCUCGAGCGCACGCGUUUAUCUGGAGUAUAUUCAGCGCAAUCUGCCUGAAGGAGUUGCUAUGGAGGUCACAAAGACUGCCAUGGAGAAAAUCCCAGAACACAUCCAGAAACCCCUGUGGGACGACAACAAACCAGAGGCGUCCGGAUAAUGAGGAUUUAGCCCAAUAUGAACUCAGACGCCUGUGAAUAUUGUGCAUCAAGGAGAAACAAUAUGUCCUCAUGUCCACUUAAAAGCAGAUUUCAAUAUAACCUAUGACUGUGUUAAGUGUGUGUGCAUUUACACCAAUAAACAUGUGCAUUUCU